CCGCCCUAAGAAUAAUAAUGUCAUUCCAUCGGCAGGUCGGCCAUGGUUGAUAGGUAAUGUUACCAGAAACCAUGACUAACUGAGGAACGCCCACGGCCGACUGCCAUAGGCCGACCGCCGCAGCUUAUCAUCCAGUGUUAUCUCGGCCAUCUCGUCUCCCCACAAAUAUUAAUGGGCCUCGUUUUUUCCCGGCUCUUGAAUGAACCCGCCGGAAUCCGAUGCAGAUUUGGGGUUUCUUCCAAGCGAUGCUCGCGUUUCAUUAAUACUGGCAAUAUCUCUUCUUUUUCCCCCAGUCCACAACCCUGCCGCUCUCUUUAUAUAUAUACCCUUCAAUACCGUACCCAUCUCUCUGGGUCCAAUCGCAAGGGUGGCCUAGUGAUCGAUCGCCACUGAUUCGCAGGCCAAGACUUUGCCAGUGUACCGGCUCAGCCCUAGCACUACUGCUACGAUUGCUGGUCGUGCAAAAUGAUGCACCUCAUCCCCAAGGAGCUUGACAAGCUCACAAUCUCCCAAUUAGGGUUUUUGGCCCAGCGUCGUCUCGCGCGGGGUGUUCGCUUGAACCAUGCUGAAGCUGUCGCUCUGAUUUCAUCGAAUUUGCACGAGCUUAUUCGCGAUGGCCACUACUGGGUGGCCGACCUUAUGUCCAUGGGCAAAAACAUGCUCGGUCGUCGUCACGUUCUCCCCUCGGUCGUAUCUACCCUCCACGAACUCCAGGUCGAAGGCACAUUCCCCAGCGGUACCUACCUAGUCACCGUACACAACCCGAUCAGUAGCGAUGACGGAGACAUCGAGAAGGCGUUGUACGGCAGUUUCCUGCCCAUUCCACCGGCCGAUACCUUUCCCGACCCGGUUGCUGAAGAUUAUCUACCUGAGAAGAUGCCCGGUGCGAUGAUACCUGUGAAGGAUGUGAGGGUCGCUUUGAACGAUGGACGGAAGAGAAUCAAGCUCAAGGUGAUGAGCCAGGGUGACCGACCAAUUCAGGUCGGUUCUCAUUACCACUUUAUCGAAACCAACCCGCAGUUGCAUUUCGACCGCGCUAGAUCAUACGGAUACCGACUCGACAUUCCCGCUGGAACUUCGGUACGAUUCGAACCCGGAGAUACCAAGACCGUUACACUUGUGGAGAUUGCAGGCAACCGUAUCAUCUGUGGAGGAAACUCGAUUGCUUCUGGAAAGGUUGACUUGAGCCGGGUGGAUGAGAUUUUGGCUGGUUUGCAGGUGCAAGGAUUUGGUCACCUUCCUGAGCCUGAGCCUGCUGCGGAUAGUGCCCUUAUCACCGGUUUCUCGAUGGAGCGAGAGGCUUAUGCUCGGAUGUUUGGACCUACGACUGGUGACUUGGUUAGGCUGGGUCUGACUGACCUUUGGAUUAAGGUGGAGAACGAUUACACAGCUCACGGUGACGAGUGCACGGUCGGUGGUGGCAAGACUCUUCGCGAGGGUAUGGGACAAGCAUCUGGAAGAUCGGCAGCGGAAUGCGUCGACACGGUUAUUACGAAUGCGUUGAUUAUCGACUGGACUGGAAUCUACAAGGCUGACAUUGGUAUCACGAAUGGAAUCAUUGUUGGAAUUGGCAAGGCUGGAAACCCUGAUGUAAUGGACGGCGUUCACCCGGACCUGGUUGUGGGCUCCGCGACCGAUGUGAUUGCUGGUGAAAACAAGAUCGUGACGGCCGGAGGAUUCGAUACUCACAUUCAUUUCAUCUGCCCGCAACAGGUGGAUGAAGCGCUGGCUUCUGGUAUUACCACUUUCCUGGGAGGAGGAACUGGCCCGUCGACUGGUACAAACGCGACUACUUGCACACCAGGACCUAAUCACAUGCGUCGAAUGAUUCAGGCAUGGGACAGUCUCCCGAUGAACGUUGGUAUUACCGGUAAAGGAAACGACAGUGGCAAGAUCAGCAUUGAAGAGCAGAUCCGCGCGGGAGCUUGCGGUUUGAAGCUGCAUGAAGAUUGGGGCUCUACGCCUGCUGCUAUCGAUACUUGUCUGGAUGUCUGUGAGGAGUACGAUGUGCAGUGCAUGAUUCACUCCGAUACUCUGAACGAGUCUGGCUUCGUGGAACAGACCAUCAAAUCGUUCAAGAACCGUACCAUCCACACCUACCACACCGAAGGUGCUGGUGGUGGUCAUGCACCAGAUAUUAUUUCAGUCGUUGAACAUGCAAAUGUGCUACCCAGUAGCACAAACCCGACCCGACCUUUCACGCUAAACACCCUGGAUGAGCAUCUGGAUAUGUUGAUGGUGUGUCACCACUUGUCGAAGAAUAUUCCCGAGGACAUUGCCUUUGCGGAAAGUCGUAUCCGAGCCGAAACAAUUGCCGCCGAAGAUGUGCUCCACGAUCUUGGAGCCAUCAGUAUGAUGUCUUCUGAUUCCCAAGCUAUGGGCCGCUGUGGUGAAGUUAUUCUUCGAACCUGGCACACCGCGCACAAGAACAAGGUGCAGCGGGGUACCUUGGCGGAGGACGAGGGCACCGGUGCAGACAACUUCCGAGUCAAGCGGUACAUUAGCAAGUACACGAUCAACCCGGCCAUUGCCCAAGGAAUGUCUCACCUGAUCGGAAGUGUGGAAGUCGGCAAGGUGGCGGAUUUGGUGCUUUGGAGCCCUAGCUCGUUUGGUACCAAGCCGUUGCAGAUUUUAAAGAGUGGAAUGAUUGCCGCUGCUCAGAUGGGCGAUCCCAACGGAUCUAUUCCUACCAUCGAGCCUGUUAUCAUUAGACCUCAAUUCGCUUACCGUGUCCCCAGCACAUCCAUCAUGUUCGUCUCCCAAGCCUCCAUCGACGAAGGCGUCGUCCAAUCAUACGGCCUCAAGAAACGCGUCGAAGCAGUCAAAAACUGCCGCAACAUCGGCAAACCAGACAUGAAAUUCAACGACAUCAUGCCCAAGAUGCGAGUCGACCCAGAAAGCUACGUAGUCGAAGCAGACGGUAUGCUCUGCGACGCAGAACCAGCGGAAGAAAUGCCUCUUGCCCAGAACUUUUUCGUUUUCUAAUCCUGACCUGACAUGCUACUUGUUGGUUCUAUUGUAUAGCACGCUUGGGAGUCAGCUUGUCUUAUUCGUGGUUUUCUUUUCUUUUUUCUUUUUUCUACUUACUUUCUUGUUUGUUUAUAUACCCUGGGACUUUCUCUUAGGGGGUUGGUUGGUUGAUUGAUUUGGUUUUGUCUUGUGGCUACGAGCGACGUUCAUACGAAUGUGACGAUUUGUUGUUGGGUAUCACUUCAUGAAAUAUUUUGAAUAACUAAAUUACAUCCAUUCCAAUAUUUGACCCAGAAAAGG